UAGCAUUGAUAUGUAUUUUAUAGUACUCUUUGCUUGUUACCUCGAUGGCUCGAAGCUCGAAGACAAUAUGAAUUUAGUAAAAAAAUUGAAACGAAGGAAACUAAAAACUCGAAAGUGUCUAAACGAAUUAAGAAGAAGGUUGUUGAAUGAGUCCGAUAAUGAUUUUUCAAAAAACAAAAAUUCGGUGUAUAAAAUAAAGGACUCUGAGGAAUAUGUCAACACAAAACCUAAUUCUAUGAUAAUGAGUAAUUUAUCUUUACGUUUUCUUAAAAAGGCUGUUCAAUCUGAAACAGUAACAAGACACAGUUUACAAUCAAUACAGAACUCUGCAUUAUCUAAAAAUGAUAUAACUAUUUUUAGUGAAUGUAAAUCUAGUCUGAAACAACCUCCUAUUACCUCUGACAAAAGUAACAACUCUCUUACUAAAAUUAUUACUUCAAGAGAUAAUAAUUAUGAUUUUUUUUACAAAGCUCCGCCAAAAAGCCCAUCACUUUUUAGUUCACUGAAAUCCGACAGAACAAUGAUUAGCUCUAUUGAAGGAUCUGCAUCUGACUCUGCAGAACACUUGCAUGUAACAUCACUAAAAAAUUUAAAAAAUGACAGCAAAGGUUUUGGAGACAGCCAUUUUUCAAAAUCAUCCUCUGAAAUAUUAGUUGAAGAAAAUCCAACAAACUAUAUAAAAGUGGGAUACAUCAGAGAUGCAGCUGCUUCUCAGGGGGAUAACUUAUCUACUUCCACAAGUGGCUCAAGCUCUCUGCUCUGUGUCCGCAACACCUGCCCUGGCUCCCCUGUAUACCUUGAUGAUACUCCAGAAUAUAUUUAUUAUCCACACAGACUGAAUCACUGACAUAUAACAUGGAUCUUCUUUCU